CCGACCAUAAAUAAUCGUCUUGGAAAUGAGAAAGUUGGACAAACAAACGCAACUCGCAUCAGCUCGGUAGAAAAAAAUCAACCAGUGAUUAGUUUAGAUGAUGAGUUAACAAUGUUGAAUGCUAGAUUAACACAAUGGUGUUUCUUGAACGCUAAAGCAGAUCACGCAUUUGAAUGUCAAAAACGAUUUGCAGAGACUCAAUUAAUGUAUGCAUGGAAAUUACUUGUCAAGAAACAAGACGAAUUAUCAAAUGCCUUAAGAAGUUUUUCUCUAAAAAUGGAUAUUUCGAAAUUGGAUACAACUUUAACUUUUCAGACGAAUUUGUUAUUACAAAUAAGCGAACAUUUGGAACAUUUUAAAACUCGUUAUGUUGAAUUUGCAUCAUCUUUGGCAAGCACCACAACCGCAAUGCCAAUUGCUAAUAUAUUAACAGGAGAAUUAGAUCAAUUAUCAGAAGAAAUAAAUACUUGUUCUAAUGCUGCAGCUGAUUUAUUGAAGAAGUGGGAAGAAUCAUCAAUGGUCCAUGAUAUCGCUAAUUUAAUGCGAAAACUCUGCAUCAAUCUUAAGGAAGAGAUCCAAGAGUUAAAUGAAUGUAAUGCACUUUUACGUGAAAUUUCUGAUGCAGAAAUAAUUGAAACUAGUUUAAGAAUUGAAAAGAUCGAAAACAUGAGAAAAUCUUAA